GUUUUGGAGCGCGGCUCUGCGGUGACCCGGAUGUAGCGGCGCACUGCCUCCACUCGUCUGAUCCUCUUAUCAGCGACAAGGCGCUCGAGAUGGAUGUUGUCAACCAGCUGGUCGCCACCGGGCAGUUCACAGUCUUCAAACAGCCAUUAGGAUUUAUCAAAGUCUUACAAUGGUUCUUUGCCAUCUUCGCGUUCUCCACCUGUGGCGGUUACUCUGGAGAGUUACGUCUGAGCGUGGAGUGUAAGAACCGCUCAGAGAGUGACCUGAACAUUGAGAUUGAGUUCAGCUACCCGUUCAGACUGCACCAGGUAUGGUUUGAUGCUCCUACGUGUAAAGGGCUGGAGCCUGAACGCCUGUUUCUGGUGGGAGACAACUCUUCCUCUGCGGAGUUCUUUGUCACCAUUGGUGUCUUUUCCUUCCUUUAUUCAAUGGCAGCCAUUUCUGUGUACAUCUUCCUCCUGGAGAAAUACCGUGAGGGAAACAGAGGAGCUCAGGCUGAUUUUGUGGUGACAGCUAUUUUCACCUUUAUGUGGUUGGUGAGUUCAGCGGCGUGGGCCAAGGGUCUCUCAGAUGUGAAGAGUGCCACUGACCCUGAUGAGAUCAUCGACCUCAUCCCUGCAUGUGACCACGAGGAAAACCGCUGCAAAGAAAUCCACGAGCCCGUGGUGUCCGGCCUGAACACAUCCGUGGCGUUUGGCUUCUGUAAUAUGGUGCUGUGGGCAGGAAACCUGUGGUUUGUCUUAAAGGAAACCGGCUGGCUUGCAGCCUUUGCCGGCACUUACAUGCCCUCAGGACAGAAGCAGCCAGCUCCAGACACCUCAGGCCAAGGCUAUGGACAAGAGGGUUAUGGCCAGGACCCUUACGCCAGCACUCAGAGCGGGUACCAGCCCGACUACAGCCAGCAGGGCGGUGGAUACGAAGGCGGAGGCUACAACCAGUAUGGUCAGGGGGAGCCCACCUCCUUCUCCAAUGAGAUGUGAGCUCCAGCUCUGCACUGAUCACAGCAAGAGGACAGUCAUGUGAUCAGCCAGCAUGAAAAUACUAGCAAUGUUUCCUCUCUCUUCAGUCUUUCUUUAUGAUCAGUGGGUUUAAAGGGAAGGGGUGGGUGAGGGCUAAAGCACAUUUAAGAAAUGUUAGCAAGGUUGUUACUAAAUCAUAGCCAGGAGAAAACGCUUUGGACCCAGGAGGAAGUGAGGAUCCUGAUUUCAACAUACUGUCUAUCACAUCGAAUCCAGCGGGAGAUCAUCUGUCCUGUAAUGAUGAGGAAAAACUUGAAUAUGCUACCAAAAAGAUCAAUUAAA